AUGAGGCUCAUGUGGCUAGCGGUGCUCGUGGUGGCCGUGGCGCUAGGGGGCGCCCAAGCCGGGAUCGGCGACGUACCGGCGGACAAGCCCUUCCUGAUGAAGCAGCGGGAAGUCCUACGACUGUUCAACAAGGUCCACGAGCCCAACCGCUACAAGGAACAGGUCGAGCUGGGCAAUGCCUAUGAGCCUCUCAACAGCCUGCCUCGCUACAGGAACCCGGCCCCAGUGAAGCAGCUGGUGCGCCUGUACCGCGCCGGUUCGCUGCUGCCGCGCGGCGCCAUCUUCACGCUGUUCGACGACACGCACCGCGAGCAGAUGAUCCUGUUGUUCGAGUCGCUGCUGUACGCCAACGACUGGGAGACGUUCCUGCGCACGGCGGCGUGGGCGCGCGACCGCGUCAACGAGGGCCAGUUCGUGUACGCGCUGUGCGUGGCCGUGCUGCACCGCGAGGACACGCGCGGCGUCGUGCUGCCGCCGCCCUACGAGAUCUACCCCCACCUCUUCGUCAACUCCGAGGUCAUCCACGCCGCCUACAAGGCCAAGAUGAGACAGGAGCCCGCCGUCGUGCACAUGAACUUCACAGGAACGAUCCGCAACCCGGAGCAGCGCGUGGCCUACCUGGGAGAGGACUUGGGGAUGAACUCGCACCACUCGCAGUGGCACAUGGACUUCCCGUUCUGGUGGAAGGAGGACGAGUACGGCAUCAGGAAGGAGCGCAAGGGCGAGCUCUUCUACUACAUGCACCACCAGCUGAUCGCCCGCUUCGACCUCGAGCGCCUGUCCAACGACCUGCCCUUCGUCGAGCCCCUCUACUGGACAGAGCGCAUCAAGGACGGCUUCUACCCGCAGACCACCUACCGCGUCGGAGGGGAGUUCCCCGCCAGGCCCGACAACUUCGCCUUCCACGACCUGCAGAACAUCAAGGUCCAGCAGAUGAUCGACUACACGCGACGCGUCCGCGAGUGCAUCUCCCAGCAGGCCGUGAUCACGGAAACCGGCGACCUGUACAACAUCAGCAGCCCGGAGGGCAUCAACGUCCUUGGAGAACUGAUUGAGCCGUCCACCGGAUCGAAGCACCGAGAGUACUACGGCGCGCUCCACAACUACGGCCACAUUAUGCUGGGACAGAUCACAGACCCCAAGCGCAAGUUCAACAUGCCACCUGGAGUGAUGGAGCACUUCGAAACCGCCACGAGGGACCCCGCCUUCUUCCGGCUGCACAAGUACAUCGACAACCUCUUCUACGAGCACAAGGACCUGCUGCCGCGCUACACCUCGGAGGAGCUCGAGCUGCCAGGCACGUCCAUCGAGGAAGUCCAGAUCGACCCGCUGGAGACGUUCUUCGAGUACUUCGACGUGGACCUGCUGAACGCCCUGGACGACACGGAGGAACUGCCCGACGUCAGCAUCCACGCCCGCGUGCGCCGCCUCAACCACAAGCCGUUCGUCUUCAGCGUCAGGGUCAACAGCGAGGCCGAGCGAUUCGUCACCGUGCGCGUCUUCCUAGGACCCAAGUACGACUGGUUCGGCCAGGAGAUCCCCAUCAACGAGAAGAGGCACUACAUCGUCGAGAUUGACAAGUUCGUCGCCAAAGUGAACACCGGCAAGACCGUCAUCGCCCGCAAGUCCAGCGAGUCCAGCGUCACCAUCCCUGACCGCGAGACCACCAAGGUGCUCACCCAGAGGGUGGAGGACGCCAUUGCCGGCAAGGUCCAGCUCACCGUCAACAAGGACGUACGUCAUUGCGGAUACCCAGACCGCCUGCUGCUGCCCAAGGGCCGACGUGACGGAAUGCCCUUCACGUUGUUUGUCGUCCUCACCGACUACGAGAAGGACAAGGUGAACGACCUUCCCUUUGACUACGACUACGGCGGCUCUGUGAGCUACUGCGGUACCCUGGGCCACCGCUACCCAGACGCCAAACCCAUGGGCUUCCCCUUCGACCGCCGCAUCGACCAGGACAGCUUCUUCACGAAGAACAUCUAUCAGCGCGACGUCACCAUCACAUUCAAGGGCAGCGUCUGA